AUGAGCGACGAACAACCAUUAUUAAACAAAUCAAAACAUUUUUCUGUUCAUUAUGAUGAUAAUGCUAAAAGUACUAAAAAUCUAGCAAGUGAUACUCUUUAUGAUUGGCGACGAUGUUUUCGUGGUCCGAAGAGUGUCGACGAGGAUUAUAAGAAAUUAGACAAUGAAGAUGAAGAUGGAACAUAUCAUCGCAAGGAGACAUCAGUUAAUAUUUUAGAAUUAUUUCGAUUUGCGGAUGGGAUCGAUUAUAUUCUCAUGACUAUCUGUGUGAUUCUUAUACUUAUACACACAUCAUGCUUUCUAGUAAGUCUGGUCCUUUUUGGUCGAGUUACUGGGAUGUUUGCUACUCAUUCAUUUACUGUUAGUUGCGAACAACAAUAUAUAGAUACACUUGGAUUUAAUCAAAACCAAAGUGGAUGUCCUUUAGGUAUUACUCUCAAUUCUCAGAAUUAUGAUCGGUUUUUUAAAUUGUGUCAUCCGCAAUCAACCACAAGUCUAACACCAAUAAUUGCUCUAUCAGAUUCUGAAUUUCGAGCAAAUGUUAUGCAUAUUAUUAAGAUGUUAUUUCUUGUCGGUAUUAUUGCAUUUCUAUGUAGUUCACUUGAAAAUUUUAUAUGGACGAUUUCUGUUAAGCGACAAACAUCUCGUAUGAGUGUUUUACUUUUUCGAUCACUUAUUCAACGUAAUGUGAGCUAUUUGGAUAUGAAUCCAGCUAGUCAAUUUAAUUCAAAAUUAUUUGCUAAUAUUGAUAAGAUCGAAAUGGGUAUUAGUUUUGAAUUUUUGGCAUUAGCUGCAAUUAUAUUUGUUAUGAUUGGUAGUGUCAUCACAUCUUUUAUAGUUAACUGGAAAUUAACUCUGAUUUUAUUUUGUCUUAAUCCAUUUGUUGUUUGCGCCUCAUUAAUAUUUUCUAGGCUUAUGGCUAGUGAAGCAAUCAAUGAAUUAAGAACAUAUUCAAAAGCUGGACAAAUCGUUCAAGAAGUGUUUAGUUCAUUACGAACGGUUCAUUCACUCAAUGGAAGUAAAUUUGAACAAAAACGAUACGAAAAAGAAUUGAGUCCAACUCGUUGGAGUAAUAUACGCAAAGGUGCUUUACUUGGUGUAUUUGUUGGUUGGUUAUCUCUUGUGAAUUAUAUAGUUUAUGCAGUUGGUUUCAUUUUUGGUUCUCUACUUAUGUCUUAUGGUGGAUAUAAGCAUAAUAUAUCUAUUAGUGAUAUUCUUGUUUGUGUUUCUAUAUCUGCACAAUGUAUAAGUUUUUUUAGCAAGACUGGCCCAUUUUUCCAAUCAGUUUCAGAAGCUCAAGGUGCAGCUGGACCUGUAUUUCGACUUAUUGAUGAGGAACAAGAUCCACAAAUAAAUGAAUUAGAUCUAAUGAAAGAUACUUCAUUAACUCCAGAUUCGACUAUAAUUGGUGAUGUUGCAUUUGAGAAUGUCAGCUUUAUGUAUCCAUCUCGAGACACAACACCCGUUUUACGUAAUAUCAAUCUAGUUGCACGUGCCAAUGAAACAACGGCUCUUGUUGGUUCAAGUGGUUGUGGAAAAAGUACAUGUAUAUCACUUCUUCUUCGUUACUAUGAACCUUUAUUAGGUCGAGUUACGAUUAAUGGUAGACCAAUUACAGAUUUUAAUAUCAAACAAUUUCGACAAAAUAUUGGAAUUGUUAGUCAAGAACCUAUAUUGUUUGGAAUGAAUAUUUAUGAAAAUAUUCGUCUUGGUAAAUUAAAUGCAACACGUGCUGAAAUUGAAGAAGCAGCACAACAAGCUAAUGCACAUAAUUUCAUUAUGAAAUUACCAAAUAAAUAUGAAACACUUGUUGGUGAACGUGGUGUGCAAUUGAGUGGUGGUGAAAAACAACGUAUUGCAUUAGCACGUGCACUUGUUAAACAACCCAGCAUUCUUUUGUUAGAUGAAGCAACAAGUGCGCUUGAUAAUGUUAGUGAAAAAAUUGUGCAAGAAGCACUUGAUCGAGCAUGUAAAAAUCGCACAACUAUCAUUGUCGCUCAUCGUUUAACUACUAUUCAAAAUGCUGAUAAAAUAUAUGUAUUAGAUAAAGGAAAUGUUAUUGAAGAAGGUACACAUGAAACAUUAAUGACAAAAGAAAAUGGUAGAUAUCGAACAUUAGUUAAAAGUCAACAAUCAGAAGGUGUAAUUAAUGAUACUGAUCAAAUAUCUAUGGCAACCGCAGUUGCUGAAGAUGAAAAACAAAGGAUGGAACGUGUUCGUGCAUUUAGUGAAGUUGAAGCUAUUGAUAUCAAGAGAAAACGUUCAAUAUCAUUAGAUAAACGAUCUUCUUUUAUCAGAUUAAUGUUCAUAAAUAAAACUGAAUGGAUCAAUAUUGUAAUCGGUUGUAUAGCAUGUAUAAUAGGAGCAUUAUGUCUACCAGUGUUCGCUAUUCUACUUGCGAAAAUAAUCAAUGCAUUUAAAGAUUGUAAUAAUGUUAAUUCACAUCGUCAAGUGUUUAUCUCAUGUAUUUUCUUUAUAUUAUUGGGUCUUUUUAUAUUGAUGAUUCGUUUCGUUCAAUAUACGGCUUUUGCUAUAUCAGGAUCGAAAUUAACACAACGUAUUCGUGCAAAAGCAUUUAAAUGUCUUCUUCGUCAAGAGGUUGCUUAUUUUGAUCGACUUGAAAAUACUUCUGGUGCUAUUAGUUCUCGUCUGUCCACUGAAGCCGCAACUAUUCAAGAGUUAACUGGAACAAGAUUAGGUAUUUUAUGUGAAGCUUUAGCAUUAGCUUUAUUUGGUUUAUUAUUUGGUGUUAUCUUCAAUCCACAAUUAACAAUGGUUGUCUUUCCUUUUUUUCUUUUUCCAAGUCUUAUUGCUAUUGCUAAAAUACAAUUGAGUAGAUGGUUAAGAAGAACACUCAAUCUUAUUAUUGAACGAUCAAGCACACUUUCUGUUGAAGUUCUUCAUAAUAUACGUACAGUGAAACAAUUAUCAAUAGAAGAUGAAGUUUUUCGACGAUAUUCUCAAGAUCGAUCUGACAUAAUGACGCUAUUUUGGCAACCUACAAUAUUGUCUGCAGCAAUGUUUGGCUUAUUUUCGGCAAUAGAUCCAUUAAUUAUAGCUUGUUUAUAUUGGCGUGCACUUGUUCUAGUUGAACAUCAUCAACUAGAUCCAAACAAAAUUAUAAUAGUUUUUGCAUUUGCUACGUUUGCAUUAAAAUCACUAAAAAUUGUUGGAAUGCUUGCUGAACGUCUUGGAUUUUCAAUGUCUGCUGCUGAUACGUUCUUUGAAUUAUUUGAUCGAACACCAGAGAUUGACAAUAUAUCUACUAAAGGAAAAGAAUUGUCUAACUUUCGUGGUGAUAUUGAAUUCGAAGAAGUUAAAUUUGUCUAUCCAACUCGACCAACAACUCUUGUUCUUAAUAAACUUCGAUUAUCGGCUAAAUCAGGUCAACGUGUGGCACUUGUUGGUAGCUCGGGAUGUGGAAAAUCAACAACUAUUCAAUUGUUAGAACGAUUCUAUGAUUCUUCACAAGGUCGAGUGUUACUUGAUGGUGUUGAUAUUCGAGAAUUAAAUCUUCAAUGGCUUCGUUCACGUAUUGGUCUUGUUAGUCAAGAACCAAUUUUAUUUGAUUUAACAAUUGCUGAAAAUAUAACAUAUGGAUUAGAAAAUAUUCCAAUGUCAGAGAUUAUUGAUGCAGCAAUUAAAGCUAAUAUUCAUCAGUUUAUUAAUCAAUUGCCUCAGGCUUAUGAUACCAGAGUAGGAAUGAAAGGUAGUUUUCUAUCGGGUGGUGAAAAACAACGUAUUGCUAUUGCUCGAGUUCUUCUUCGUCGACCGAAAAUCUUGUUACUAGAUGAAGCUACAAGUGCUAUGGAUUCGUACAAUGAACAAAUUGUUCAACAAGCACUUGAACAAGCUGAAAUAGAAGAUCCUACUCGAACAUCACUUAUUAUUGCACAUCGUUUAUCGACUAUUCGUUCAUGUGAUUUAAUUUGUGUAUUUGAAAGAGGACGUAUUGUAGAAAGCGGCACACAUACAGAUUUAGUACGGCAACGUGGAAUUUACUAUGGUCUAUUGUCUCAAACUAGUGCAUAA